CUGCUGCACCCUGUUUGCUCUGCUUUCAAAGACAAAAAAAAACCCACUGUGGCCAUCACGACUAUAUUAUCUAAUCAGCUAACUCAUCACAUGACAGAAAGUCGUGCUUUUAAAUGAAUAUGUCAUCGUAGGGUGUCUACAACGCUGUCGACUCAUAUGUGUGCGAACGAGUCAUAAUUGGCACAUUUCCGGCAGCACUUGAACGCAGCAAAGUACCGAGAUCGCGUUGCAGGAGGAGAGCCGAUCAGAGGAGACACGGACUGAGCAGGUGUGGAAACGUGAAGUUCUCCUGUGUCUCUCCACGAGCAGCGGAAUGAAAGAUGAUGGAUUAACGCACGCGGAGAGUUAAUGAGUGUGUGCGUCACGUGAAGAGAAAACGCUGCAGAUUUGCGCAAUUCAAGGAGCGACACAGACAAAACAUCUAGUUCAGAUAUUUAUCAUGAACAGGAUGGAUGGAGGCGAAAUAAGAGCAGAACGGGGACUGAUCAUGAAGGACUGAUCUUUGACCCUUGAGAGAAAGCCAUCACCCUGGCAGUGUCUCCAGGGAGGGGCCAGCCCGGGUCACAUGAUGGACAUGGACUCAGAGGGGAUCACCUCUGGGCCGAAUGUCACAAACUGCUCCGGUGCCCCUGCUGACACUCUGCAGGCGGUGCGGUUCACAGAUGGGAUAGUGGCGGUGGUCUUUGUCCUCUGUCUCCUCACCCUCCUCACCGCACUCAUCAAUGGCGCCGUCAUCCUCGCCAUCUGCACCACCAAGAAGCUCCACCUGCCCGCCAACUACCUCAUCUGCUCGCUGGCCGUCACCGACUUCCUGGUGGCGCUCCUGGUGAUGCCCGCCAGCAUCCUCUACAUCAGCAUGGAGAGGUGGUCGCUGGGCCAGGUGGUGUGCGAGAUGUGGUUGAGUUUGGACAUGACAUGCUGCACAUGCUCCAUCCUGCACCUGUGUGUCAUCGCCCUGGAUCGAUACUGGGCCAUCACUAAGGCCAUCGAGUACGCCCGCAAGAGGUCGGCCCGCCGCGCCGCAGUCAUGGUGGGAACCGUCUGGAUCAUCUCCAUCUUCAUCUCCAUCCCUCCUUUAUUCUGGAGGCAGAGGCCGAGCACGGGCCGCAUCCAGCAGUGCAUCAUCGAGCACGACCACCUGGGAUACACCAUCUACUCCACCUUAGGGGCGUUUUAUAUCCCCAUGAUCAUCAUUCUCAUCCUCUACUCCAGGAUUUACAACGCCGCCAAAACUCUGUACCAGAAACGCGGCUCCUCUCGGCACCUGAGCGGCCGCAGCAUGGGCAGCCAGAACUCUGUGGACCACUUCAGGGUCUCACACACGUUUUGCGUGUCGGACCUGUCCAACUCAGACCCCACGCUCCCCUCUGAAAAAUUCAACGUCAACAUCCGUGUCCCGUCCUUUGAGACGGACGUGGACGGGCAGGAUGAGAAGAACCAGAUCUGCACCACGCGAGAGAGAAAAGCAGCUCGGAUCUUGGGCCUCAUACUCGGGGCCUUCAUCGUCUGCUGGCUGCCGUUCUUCUUAAAGGAGCUGCUGGUGGGUCUGCGGGUGUUGCGGCCGUCUCGGCUUCUCUCGGACCUCCUCACGUGGCUCGGUUACAUCAACUCGCUCGUCAACCCGCUGCUGUACACCAGCUUCAACGACGACUUCAAGCUGGCCUUUAAAAAGCUGCUCAGAAGGAAAGAGCAAGCAUAGAUGUGAGGGCACAAACAUCAAAGGGAAUGUAUUCAUGUUUAACUGACUGUCUCCUGGCAGUGCAGACUCUCAUGAUUUCUUUACUGCUGAAAAAGUGACAUCUCAACAAACAAUGUAUUCCCCGCUUUCUCAAUAAAGGAAUUAUUUAUAACAAC